GGCUGCUGUGUGUUCUUUUACUGACUGGGAUCAUAGGCCUUUGUGCCCACUGUGAGUUUACCCAGUUUUACAUCAUUAAUAGUCAGGUUGUUUUAGUGUGAUUAUUUUGGUCAUUGCUUUUUAUGUUUCUUUGCAGACAACAGAGUGGCAAGUGACUUUGAGGAGGAGCAGACUAAGCUAUUGACAGAGACAGACCAGCUGAAGGGGGAGAUAGUUAUCCUUCAAAAUAAAUGAUUGUUUAUGGAGCAUCAUUUUAAAAUGGGAUGGCGUCAUUUUGGAUCCAGUUUUUACCUCUUCUUCACUGUGGAGAAGACUUGGGAGCAGAGCAAACAGGACUGUGUAGGGAGUGGAGCCGACCUGGUGAUCAUAGACAGCAGAGAGGAACAGAAUUGUAUCAGUGGAUUCAAUGGGAUGUUCUGGAUUGGUCUGUCUGACAGAGAGACAGAGGGGUCAUGGAAAUGGGUGGAUGGAACACCACUGACCAUAGAGUACUGGAAGAGUGGAGAGCCUAACAGUUACGGCGGUGAAGAGGACUGUGCUGAGAGAAGCUUAAUUUAUUCUAACACAGAGCAGAGCUGGAAUGAUGUAGCAUGUGGUCAACUGAAGUUAGGGAUCUGUGAGAAAGUGGCUUAUCCGUAACUCAAACUGCACAUAUAACUGCAUUCAAACUGCAUUCUUUUCUUUUCAUUUUUCAUGAACCAUCAAGUAAUAUACUGUAUAUGUUUUUUUUUACAACUCCUGCUUGGACUAUUGCAUACAAUUAUUAGAUUAUCAUUUCAAUUAUAAUUUUGAUUAAUUAUAUUUCCCCAUUGUUUAAAUAAAUAUAUAUAUAUAUAUCAAUGCCUAAUUAGCUUAGUGCAGCUGCUAUUACCCUAUAAUAACCCCAACAUGUUAUUUUACUUUGUUUUGUUGUCAUUUGAGUCUUUUUAUAUCUUAUACCAAAAGUAUGGAUGUAUGACUCCUCCACUUGUUUCCAGGUUUCCAAAUAA